AUGACCCUAGUAUCAAAUGAAUUCCGUUUGGUGGCCGUUCACGCUUUCGACCCAAUUACAAGCUAUAUAGUUGAAUUGAUUUUCGGGCGAGAGGUCGAACUGGUCUGGAGGCAACAUUGGUCAUUCAUGACUGUUCUGUAUCUCAGUGUUCGCUAUGCUGGUAUACUGCAUGCAAUUAUCUCUUCCGAGAAUUUCGGUAACAGAAUCAGCGUGAGUCGUAUAAUGUUCGACGCACUAAGUCGGAUGAAUGUUGCCGUGACUGUAGUAUUGGGUGUGAUCGCCGCAAUGGUCAUGAGUCGUGUUUCGUCAGUAAUCUAUUCUGGCUUUGGUGACUUGGAUUCUCCCCACUUUAUGGGAGGUCCUCGCACUAUGCCUCACAGUCCAGAUUGCUUUCAAACGCCUCCGUGA